AUGUCAUCACCUAACAACUCUGUCAGCGCGGCGCUGUCAGAGACGACCCCCGUGUUUCAGUUGAGAGUAUGGCAGUUGAUUGCCAUUGCCGUUGGGAUAGUCAUGGCGAUCCUGCUCGUCGUCGCGCUGUGCCUUUCGUUCCGGAGGAAAAAGAAGACAGUGAAAGGGUUUGACAACACUUCGCUGGCUGAGAUCCCUAUCUUUUCUAAGGAAAUCAUUGUUGACAGAGUUGAUGCGCAGAGUCUACGUGACGGUGAAGCGCCCUUCAUGCCGGUGCAGGAUAAAUAUACGCCGACCAAAGGUGCGGGGCAGUUGGGAGAGAGCAGAUCCGUCGAUGUCGAUACGUUCAGCCAGUGCAGCUCAGUUUACAACGUAGAGAAGGCUGGGAGCUCAGUGUACUCUGAAGAUUACAGUUACAGCAGCUCUGGUCCAGCUAGGAAAGGUAGCUCACCGUAUGCAUAUUCAGCGUCACUGCUGGUUGGCCUGCCUGAGUUAUCACAUUUGGGCUGGGGCCACUGGUUUACCUUGAGGGACCUGGAGUGCGCAACGAAUCGGUUUGCAAAGAGUAAUGUUCUUGGGGAGGGUGGCUAUGGAGUUGUCUACAAGGGCCGCCUGGUGAAUGGGACUGAGAUUGCCGUGAAGAAGAUCCUUAAUAAUGUGGGACAGGCAGAGAAGGAAUUUAGGGUUGAAGUUGAAGCCAUUGGUCAUGUUCGGCAUAAGAAUCUGGUCCGCCUUCUGGGAUACUGUGUGGAAGGGAUACAUAGGAUGCUUGUCUACGAGUAUGUCAAUAAUGGCAACCUAGAACAAUGGCUUCAUGGCAUGAAUCAACACGGUGUCCUUAGUUGGGAAAACCGUAUGAAAAUUCUCCUUGGCACUGCAAAAGCUCUCGCGUACCUUCAUGAGGCCAUAGACCCCAAAGUUGUACACAGAGAUAUUAAGUCAAGUAAUAUCUUAAUCGACGAUGAAUUCAACAGCAAGGUUUCUGAUUUUGGGUUGGCUAAACUUCUGAAUUCUGACAAAAGUCAUAUCAAUACAAGAGUGAUGGGAACAUACGGGUAUGUAGCACCUGAAUAUGCAAACAGCGGGAUGCUAAAUGAAAAGAGUGAUAUUUACAGUUUCGGAGUGGUGUUGUUAGAAUGUUUGACAGCUAGGGAUCCAGUUGAUUACACUAAGCCUGCAGAUGAGGUGAAUCUCAUAGAGUGGCUUAAAAUGAUGGUUACCAGUAAGAGGGCAGAGGAGGUCGUGGAUCCAAACCUCGAGAUUAAGCCACCAAAACGUGCCCUUAAGCGGGCAAUCUUGGUUGGCUUCAAGUGUGUCGAUCCUGAUGCUGACAAGAGGCCAAAGAUGAGUCACGUUGUUCAGAUGCUUGAAGCAGUUCAGAAUGCAUAUCAUCAAGAUCAAAGAAAGCUCAGCCAGGUAGGAAGCAUGGAUAUCGAGUCACAGCAGUCACAAGAGGAGACUUCGAACGGUGCUGAUGCCUGA